UUUUUUUUUUUUAAAAAAAAAAAAAAAAGAUUUUAAUAAUAAUUCCAAACGCUUAAACUACGAGCGUCGCACUCAUGUGGCAGAAGGCUUCUCGCGCCGCGAUCGCGGCCUCCUUACUAUUAAUCUCGGUCGCCAAUGCCGUACCUCAUGGAGAUGACCAUUCGAUGGACAUGGACAUGGACAUGGACACCAAUAGCACGCAUAAGCAGCCCGAAUCGCAUGCCGAAGCAAGCGAUGACUCGCCCAUGAGCUAUUUUGCGUAUGGAAAACAUUCCAGCACAAUCAUGGCUCAUAUAGGUCUGAUGAUUCUUUCCUGGUGCUUUAUCCUGCCCGUUGCUGUUAUGUUUAGUGUUGCGCGAUCACGAUUUGCACUUCCGUCGCAAUUUCUAUUCCUGUUGUUCAAUGCGCUGGGUUUGCUUCUUGGAAUCAUCUAUAAUAGCCAGACUCCUGAUCUAUAUGAGAACAAUGCUCAUCAUAAGAUCGGAUGGAUCGCGACCUGGGUUUUUAGCGCGCAAGCCAUCAUGUCGCUCAUAUUUGUCUACGCUGGUAGAGGCAAGUCCGAUGCGACUUCGUACGAGCGCGUCGCGUUCCUCCCCGUGUCUACCGACGAGAUGGCCGAAACUCCGACACACCCAACUGGCAUUCAUCAUGAAUACCGUUGGUCCGGAGACAGCGGCCAGGGUACCGAGAUAAAUUCGGCUUCCCUCCAUAGUCGCCCUAGUUCGUCCACCUGCGCAUCUCCCUCCUCGGAGUAUGACACCUUCGAUAAGCCGGAGGGCCACUUCCCAGAACAACCCACCCAGAGCCGCAGCUGGCUGCAUAGCACCUUUGUGGACCGCUUCCUCGCCAGCCGUGUGCCCCGUAUGGUCUCUAGCCGAGCCCUCCGGAUACUCAACGGUAUCUACUUGGUAAUUGACAGGAUCAUUUUGCCUUUCGGUUUCGUCGCUAUCGCCACUGGAGCUGUAACUUACGGCGGUAUCAUGAGGAACAGAGAAAUUUUCAACGGUCUUGCGCAUUUCAUAAAAGGUGGCAUCUUCUUCUGGUAUGGUGUGUUAACUUUGGGCCGGUUUAUGGGCUGCUGGGCCGACUUGGGCUGGGCAUGGAAUGUCAAGCCGUCGAGCGAGAUUGUUGGCCGGUGGAAGGCCAAGGUCCCUUCUGGUGAAUUUACCGAGUCCUUCGUAAUCUGGCUCUACGGUGCCAGCAACAUGUUCCUUGAACACCUCACCAGUUGGGGCGGUAAAUGGACUGCCACGGAUCUCGAGCAUGUGUCCAUUUCCAUCAUGUUCUUCGGUGGUGGCUUGUGCGGUAUGCUUUUUGAAUCAAAGCGCGUUAAGAGCUGGCUGAACAGCACUGUCCUGCAAGCACCAUCGAAUCUUCGCAGGCAUGGCUCAUCCGACGUAGCCUGGCAGGUUCCCGAGACUCAAGGGGUUUCCCUCAACCCAAUGCCUGCUCUAGUCAUCCUACUUCUGGGUAGCAUGAUGGGAUCCCACCACCAAAGCAGCAUGGUCUCUACCAUGGUACAUAAGCAAUGGGGCAACCUCUUGGUUGGCUUCUCGUUUGCUAGAUGUAUGACAUAUGUCAUCAUGUACCUCAAACCACCCACCUCUUAUCUGCCCGCCCGUCCACCAACUGAAAUCGUCUCUGCGUUUUGCCUGAUGUCCGGUGGUUUAGUCUUCAUGCUGAGUACCCGGAAUGUGGUCGAUUCGAUAGAGUUUUAUGGCCUCGACGCGAUGUUCAUAUUUACCGUUGUUAUGGGAGUGACCGCCUUUAUCAUGGCGUGCGAAAUCCUGGUCAUCGCCAUCAAGGCAUGGGCAGUCAAGAAGGAAACUCCUCAGCUUCCUCCUUUCCAAUUUCCCGCCUGAGGUGAAUCAAAUUCCCAGGCCAAAGGACACACCAAACGACUUUGCCUGAUGGGUAUAGCUCCUUGCCCUUCGCAUUAGAGAGCCUGAAUAGGGUACUGUAACUAGGUGGCCAUGGUCCCCUUGGUGGAAAUUGAGAAAAGGAACAGAAAAGAAGAAAAAGAGCCAAAGAGAGAAAGGCAGAGACCGAACACCCUUGGCUUGAUUAUUGCAGCGAUAUACCCCCUAAACUAUUUGAUUUCGGCCUGGUGUCAGAGCUCGGGCUUACGAGCGUAUACCACUGAUACCGGAGCUUUGUUCUAUGAACUUUGACGCGCCUCUAUGCUAAUGAAUGAUAUCCCUGAUUGAUAAUGUGGUGGAAGUUAAUGACUGAUUGGGCUUUUGUGAUAUAUUGCGUUGUUUAUAUAAUGGUCUGAGUGACCUGCGAAUCAUGAGCUACCAAUAUAUGCAUGUGAAAUGAUCAUUGCACCUGUGAAUCAGUAUUGAACAUGCUUGAAUAGUUUCUUAAUGGGGCAUUUCUAGAAGGACCGGCACUGACGUAUUUCGUGCAAGUGUUCAAUCACUGAUACGAACUACUGUAUAUGAUGCAGCAGCAGUACUACUGUAAGAAUGCGGUAUGGACUAGAUCCUAGCUUGAGUGACCGCCUUCGGAGUUCAAAGUAAACGCCGAGCGCCAAA